AUGGAGUACCAGCCAGCGCCGUCGCCAUCAUACCCAGCACCGCCCUCAACCUCAGCUCCAGUGCCUCCAGGUCCACCUCCAUUGCAGCCAGACCCUAGGUUUGAGCAGCCAGUCUCUACUCCUUUCGCAGGCACGGAUUUGCAAUCGAUAAGAACUGCCUGCGAGUACUCAUUGGGCGAGUAUAUCUCGCUGCACAAAAGACGACGGUAUGACGACCCGGCUAGCGAACGUCGUUUUCAAGCUCAGCAGAGCAUUAUAAUGAGCGACUUACAACUGUUGCGGAGCGAGGUAUCGGAUUUAGCUAAGGCGGCCGAGGCCCAUAGAUGGCGACGAUGGCUUUUGGGUGGUCUAGUGGCGUCUUUCGUCCCCGCCAUCCGUAAGGUUUUCCGCCGUUCGUCGAAAGACAAAGAAUCUAACGACACCGAGUAUGCCUUCAAGAGAAGCAAAGGUCUCAUUUCUCGCAUUUUGGAUUCUGUUCAUGGCAAGGGCAAGUUUGCCUCGAUAGCCUUCUUUGUAUUGGCCAUCCUGUACGUAUUUCAGAGCGAGGUAUCGAUGCGCGUAGCAAGAACGGUAUCCAAACGCUUAAAACGGCUCAUGGCCAAGAUCGAAAGGGGAGAUCAGGGUCUUGGGGAAGACGACGUGAAACUCCUCAAGGGCUGGCGUUGGCGUGUGCUAUUAUGGUAG